AUGCCUACAAUAAUGAAUGAACAACAACUAACCGACGACAAUACUCAAGCUAACCCACCACAACAACAAACCAAGGAAAAGAACGUUACACAGUCAAUGGAUACAUCAGAUAGCUUCGUCGACAUUCAAUUACCACCAUUACCUCAGAGCAAUUCAAUUACACACCAACAACUUAUAGACCGGCAAAACCCCAAAGCUCCAAGUUAUAGUCAAUAA